ACAUUUGGGGAAAGCGAGGGGGGGGGGAAGAAGGGAGGGGAGACUUUAAAGGGAGAAUCCAGAGGUGGAGCAGCAGCAGCAGCGCUGAAACUAAUCCAGGAACUUUCUGUGCCCUGCGGAGCGGCGUCUAAAAGAACAGCCUAAUUUCCUAAGAGGAGGCGACUUAUUCCCCCCCCCCGCCUUCCCUCCCCAUCCAGCAUGUUCCGACUGUUUUUCUCAUGAAGCCAAAACCGCUUUCCGAAAACCGCGAUGUACCAGCGUCCCGUCUUCCCUCCGGUCCUUUCCGCCUGCGGAGAAAGCUUUUGACUCCCAGAUUUAAAAUUCACGACGAAGCUUUCAUUGUUUUUUUCCCUUAAAAUCCCUUCUCCGUUGGCGUAAGGAACUCCCGUUAACCUCGCUCGGCUUUUCCCCGCGGUGCCAAACCGCGGACGCUCGCCGCGGGGGUUGAUCUCUAAACGCAUCGACUUAACUCUCCUUGGAUCCCGCGCCAACCGCCGCCAUGUCGGCCAGUCCCGGACCGUUCUUGGUGUGGGUCCAAGAAGUUGCCUCCUUGCUGAUGCUACGAGUGCGUCGCACGGUCCUGCAGACGGCCAUUUUGUUCUGCGUGCUGCUGUUACUGCUCUGGGUCUCCAUUUUCCUCUACGGCAGCUUCUAUUACUCCUACAUGCCGACGGUCAGUUAUGUCAGCCCCGUCCACUACCAAUUCAGGACAGACUGCGGCCAGGCUGGAUCCGAACUUUGCUCCUUUCCUGUGGCCAACAUUUCGUUCAUCAAGGACAGCCGAGACCAGGUUCUCAUGUACGGUCAACCUUACCGAAUGUCCCUUGAGUUGGAAUUACCCGAAUCACCAGUCAACCAGAAUCUGGGCAUGUUCAUGGUAGCCAUUUCCUGUUACACGAAAGGUGGCCGCGUGAUUUCUUCCUCCGCUCGGGCUGCCAUGUUGCACUAUCGUUCGGGGCUGUUACAGAUGAUCGACACAAUCGCUUUCUCCGGCCUCUUCCUCACUGGGUUUACAGAACAGAAACAAACGGUGGACGUUGAGCUCUAUUCCGAUUACAAAGAAGAUUCGUAUAUUCCCACCAUCGGGGCAGUGAUUGAAAUCCAAACGACUAGAAUCCAGAUUUAUGGGGCGCAGCUGAGAAUUCACGCACAUUUCACUGGUUUGCGGUAUCUCCUCUACAAUUUCCCGGUGACUUCGGCCAUUUUGGGUGUCGUUAGCAACUUCAUGUUUCUCAGCGUCAUCGUCCUUUUCAGCUACCUGCAGUGGAUCUGGGGCAGUUUGUGGCCUAAAGAAACUCUCUCUGUACAGAUCCCAGGCCGGGAGAAAUCUGGACCCGUCCAAAUCUUGGAUGAUUCACGUCGACAGGUUGUGUUUCCUAAAGAAGGAGGUGAUGUAGAAGAAGAGACUUCUCUGCCGCAGCCAGAAGACGUCGGAGUUGCCGAAGGAGAGAAAUUGUCCCAAGCAGAGUCUACGAAAGAGGUGAAGAAAAGCAGCCUUGAAAAAUCUGAUUUAGGAAUGGAAUCCGGUAUGACCGCCAGCUCAAACGAAGAGGCAGAAUAUGAUGUUCCGGACGAGACCCCCCUGCUUACUGAGGUCAAUCUUCCUGCCCCUUCCUCGGAGGGGAACAGCUCGGACCUGUUGCCCCCCUUGUCCCAGACUCUCACGCACAGCUCGGAAGUCCGCCAGAGAAGCGCCUGUUCCAGUUCCUGAUUGGUCACGGGUUCGAGUCCUGCCAGGAAGCUGCCCACACUACACUCCCGGAGUAGCCCGCCCGCAGGCCUCGCUCCCUCCCAAGGGCUUGUAUUUUACUCCUUGCUUAUGUUUACAUUCCAAUCCCUUCUCCUCACACACGGAACACUCUAAGUUAAAUAAAAAAGUUGGAACGGCGAGCCGCUCACCGACGUUCUCGUGAUCAACCCCCCCCCCUUCCGCCCC